AUGGCCACAUCACUUCUGAUUCGUACCCAUCAGACUACGAGUGCUAUCGAAGGGGGUGUCUUCAAUGAACGCACCUCGGCACAUCAUUCUCCACCUCUCGCUGCGACCGCUGAAUCUACUUCGGUUAUCAACACGAUUAUGACCACAUCAUCAACCUCGAGCACAACUCAUCCCAUAUCAUCCUCAUCCACCGAAUCGGCAACUCCUGCCGAUUCGACUUCUGCAGAUUCACUUGUAACUGAAACGUCGUUGAAAACGACGAGUGUGGUGGGCAUGAGUGAUACGGCAGCAGCAUCGAUAGAACGACGUAAGAAGAAACCUUAUAAGGAGCUAACUUUAGAGGAGAAGGUUCAGUUGAUUCGACUGGCUGAACAGAAUGCCGGUCUGAGUCAGGCGAGUAUUGCGGAGAGAUAUGCGAUUGCGAAGAGUAAUGUAUGUCGAAUAUUACAAAGGAAGCAUGAAUAUUUGCGAGCUUUUGAGUCUGCCGGAUUCGCAGGAUCGCGUAAAAGAAAGUUGCGUGGUGAUCCUGAUCAAAAUAGCAGUAAUGCUAGCAAUGACAAUAAUAAUAGCAAUAAUACCAUCAAUCACAAUGCCCUUGCUAAUAAUAAUAGAAAUAAUAAUAAAAAUAAUAAUAAUAGUAAUAAUGAUAGUAAUAAUACCAGUAACAAUGAUACUAAUAAUGGCAAUCAUCACACCACGAUUACUCAUCAGAAUCAAACAACUACGGCAAAACAAUCACUUCAAGUGGGGCCUUUAUCGAAUUCCCUUAAUCAUCAGUAUGAUGCCAAGCAAAACCAACCACAACGAUUAUUGACGAUACUUCCAGCACCUAAGCCCAGAUACGCUUUACCGACGGCAGCUGAUCAAAUGUCUAAGGAUGAUGUUUACAGCAACUUGAGAUAUUCGAAGUAUCAUGAUGAGAAUGGCAAUUUGCGGACUCCGGUUGAGAAUCAUUUCGUGAAGAUGGCAAAGGAAGAAGGAAAGACGAUCUCAGUGCCUGUAAUUGGCAAGGGCAAUCCACCAACACCUCAGCAGCAUAAUCAGUCAAGCAGUCAUCAUGCUUCUUCCAACCAGGUUGUAACUCAGCAGUUGCAUAAUCCCCACGCUGCAGCACGUCCUCUCGCUUCUACGCCUUCCAAUAGCUUCUUCAACCCUCUACAAAUUCAUCCACUCCCCGCACAUCAACCUUUAAGUAUCGCUGAUCCGAAUGGUUUAAUGAAUGCAAAAUGGAUCAUGCGUUUAAUCGUUGAAUAUUUAGCAUUACAAACCGCUGCAGCUACACUUUUCCCUCAGAUGGCACUUCUUCGAGGUACAACAUCAACACCAACAGCAACGUCGAAUUCAGCUGCAACUACAGCUGGAGCACAGACUGAUGAAUUGAUGAUGAAAUUGAGGGAGCGAUUAAUGCUCAACAAUCUGAUGGCGCAAUCCGGAUUUGGAUUGGCUGCUUGGCUGGCAGCUCUACCAAAAGUUGACCAAUCAGGUGAGCUGAAUUCAGGUAUUGGAAAUUUGAAUACGACGAAUGGUGAUAUAAUGAAUGGAAAAGAGAUGAAUAAUGUUGAAAUGGGUGAAGAAGAUGACGAGAUCAAUGUGGAUAAGGAAAUCGAAGAGCAAGAGAUGCGUUUGGAUAGAGAACGUCAAAAUGAUGACGAUAUCCAGACGGAUGAUUCAGGUGAUGGCAUAAAUAAAAGAAGCGACAAAGAAUCGCACUCACAAAUGAACGACGCGAAUGACAGUGAAGAGAACAAGAACAGUGAAAAUGCCCAAAGACCAAGGUCUAUGAAGAAGAGCACAUCGGAUGAUUCCUCAUCACCUUCAAAUGGGAUAUCUUCAUCGAUUUCGAACACAAUGCCCAAUUUGCGAUCAGCCAUAGCCACGUCACCGUUGAACAGUCUCAUUUACAAGAAACGAUUAUUGCAUUCUCCAUCUACUCUUAGCGAUACACUUUUGAAUAUAGCUGCUACUCAAGCAACUCUUCCUGCAUCGGACCAGUCAUCAGAUGGACAAGAUAGUCAUGUAUCACCAACCGAAACGCACAGUAGUCUUUCACCAGCGACAGAGUCUGGUCGAGAAUGCUUCGAGUGCUCAGUUUAUAAGGGUAAAUUGGCCGUUGCUGAGAACAGGUGUCGCUAUCUAGAGGGACGAACGGCCACGUUGCAGCGAAUCUCAUUCAUCGUUUCUUUUCAGUCCGAUGCUCUUCGCUUCAGUACGCGUGUGUCUGCGUCAGAAUCAUCAGCACGUCAAUUCGAACAAGAAGGUCGUUUGCUGCGAGAGCAAAAUGAACUGUUGCAACGAAAGCUUUUGGAGUGCCAAGAAAAAACAUUGGCUUUCAUGCAAGGUGAUCAAGUGGCAAACCCGCAAGCAGUUGCAUUCUACUUGAACGAAAUCCUUAAAGCCACACUUUUAUGCUGA